AGCAACGUACACACGUCUCAUCAAAACAAAACGUACGAGAUCUGAUCACAGUUUAAUUUAACCAUCCACGUCGGCCCAAACUGAUGAGCAGGAUGAACUCGACCAGCAGGGACUGGCUCAACAUCACUGACAGUUCUACUACACCAUUCCUCUCUGAUGACAUCACUGCCACUGCUUAUGAGUACUAUGACUACAGCAAUUUGACUGAAGAUGAAUUGGGAAAAUGUGUGUUUGAGCGUCAUGGAGAUCGUUUCCUUCCAGCCCUGUAUUCCAUCAUCUUCCUGCUGGGACUUUUGGGGAACCUUCUGGUCAUCUGGGUCAUUGCUUGUGGCGUGCGGCUCCGCAGCAUGACUGACGUGUGCCUCCUGAACUUGGCCUGUGCUGACCUGCUCCUGGUGUGUUCCCUUCCCUUCCUCGCCCACCAAAGCUGGAGCCAGUGGACAUUUGGAGAUGAUAUGUGCAAGAUGGUCCUGGGUAUUUAUCACAUUGUUUUUUACAGCGGUAUUUUCUUCAUCAGCCUACUGAGCAUUGACCGUUAUUUGGCUAUAGUUCACGCAGUUUACGCUCUGAGGGCACGUACACGAUGUUUUGGCGUGAUUGCUGCCGCGGUUACAUGGACAGCUGGAUUCAUGGCAUCUUUUCCUGACUUGGCUUUUCUUAAAGUGCAGGAAUUUUCAAGAAUCGGCAUUAAUACUUUUCUGUACUGUGUUUCUGAAUAUCCUCAAGCUGCCGUGAACGACGUCAACGCAUCAGACAGACACUUCUGGAGGGUGUUUGGACUUUUUAAAAUGAACAUUGUGGGUUUGUUCAUCCCACUUUUGAUUAUGGGUUUCUGCUACACGCAGAUCGUCCGGAGGCUGCUGAACAGCCAGUCAUCCAAGAAACAGGCCGUGCGUUUAGUCGUGGUCGUGGUAGCUGCGUUCUUCUGCUGCUGGCUUCCCUACAACGUUGCGUCCUUCUUCAAAGCGUUGGAGCUACUGCACGUCUACACAGAAUGCAAAAGCAGCAAAGCCAUCCGCUUGGCGUUACAAGUCACACAGGCCGUUGCGUACGCUCACAGCUGCCUCAAUCCCAUCUUGUACGUGUUCGCCGGGCAAAAGUUCCGAAGGCAUCUGCUGAGGCUGAUACACAAGGCACCGUGCAGAGUGUGUCAUCUCAUCAAGAUCUUCAUGCCUGUGGAGAGAAUCAGUGCAUCAGUCUACUCACAGACGACAAGCCUGGAUGAGCGCAGCACCGCAGUGUGAAGGACGAGUGAGGGUGGCGGGGGUGCCAAAGGAACUUUGACUUCAGAUCGUACCUUGUACCAAGGUUCAAAUUGCCCAAAUCAGUGUUUUGGCAUUAUGCCAUUGUGCGUACAGG